GUUGAACAAAUGACGUCCACAGCAGAAAAUAUGAGAUCUACUCAUAUAUUCGACCUGCCGACAGAAAUACUGGUGAAAAUACUACAAUAUAUCGAUGAACAAUCACUAGGCAAAUUGAAAUCGGUAUGUCGCUAUACAAACGCCAUCAUCCAUCGAUAUCGAUCCACAAUGGCCAGGCAAAUGAUCUAUAUGGCUGUAUUCAAAGAGGGUGAACUAACAGUUGAACGGUAUCUGAAACGAAGCCGAUGGGAAGAUUAUAAGUACGCUUUGCCAGGACCAUAUGUGGAUGAAAUGACAUUCCGUCAGCUCGCUUGUGCAAAUAUAGAAACCGUUAGAUUUCAGAUGAACGUACCAGAUGAAGUAGCUGAAGACUGGGCCAAGCAACUAGUCGACCUCAAAUCGUCCACAUUUCGAGCAGUAUUUGCUCGAUGUCGGAUGAGUGUACAAGCACUUAUCACUUUGCUGACAGCUCUCAAUCCUCAGCAGGUUGCCAUCGAGUUUGGCACGGAUUGGGGUGACGAUGUCACUGUGAAAAAACUUUGUGGACAUAAAGCUUUCAAAGAGAUAACACAUCUUAACCUCAUCAACUCGUGCCUUACCGAUGAUGACUUGCGAUCGCUAUCUGCCCAAUAUCUUACCGUCUAUGAAACCUCUUGUAUAACGUUAUCAGGGCUACGACAGAUAUUGUUGGAUUGGUACAACGGCAAAAGAUCCAUCAAGGACUAUCACCUAUCUGUUUCCGAACAGAUUGUGCCAGAAAGGCUGUUCGAUGGUCUGCCCACACGUCGACGUACAUGGGUACUACUGCAAGAUGACCUGAAAGCGGCCGGUUACUACCUGUGUCGAACUUUACCGCCGAUUCGUACAGUGCGGUUAUCUUUCAACUCACCGACCAGAUGUUCUUCAAUUUGAUUCUGCUCUACUCACCAAAUGAUCACCUCUUCCUAAAAUUGGUGAAAAAGCAAUGCAUUUCUGCGAUUGCUGCUUUUGGUUAUUUUCAAAACGUUAUAUCCCUUAGAUGUUCUUCGUUAUGGCAUGUCUUGAAAAUGAGCUUUCCUC